GGACGGACAGUUCCACUGAAUCACCGGAUUUUUGCAUUCUAUGGCGAGCCGAAUUGUCACAGUUUUAAGUAUAUAGAUAUCUAUUUUAAAUAGAGAUAUCAUUAUUUUAGAUAGAGACUCUAUUUUAAAUGGAGGUAUCUUAGUUUUAAAGAGAUAUCUAUUUUAAAUACAGAUGUCUAUAGUUUUGAAUAGAGAUAAUAUAUCUAUUUUAAAUAGGGAUAGGCCUAUCUUAGUUAAAACAAGAAGGUAUAACAUUAUUUUUAUACCUCCUUGGUUAAAACUAAGAAUCAAAAUUUAGAUAUCUAUUUAAAACUAAGAUGUCUCUAUUUUGAUUAAAUGAAAAUUCGGCUUUCCAUACAUUCACAGCAGGAGGAAUUGAAGUGAGGAUAUCGUAGUCUGUUUCAUGUUGGCAUAUCUCUUGCAGCUUUUGAGAGAUGACAGUACAGCUGACCGACUUCGAGAGUAUUAUCUCUGGAGAUCAAGUAUAAGCCUAUAGUAAAAAUGAUGGCCGAAUUCAAUAUAAGCAACGAAACAGAUGUACAAUGUAUCAAACAUAAAGGAAUUGAUCAGUUGCUUGUGCCUAUUGUCUUCAUGACUAUAACAUGUAUUGGCGUCAUUGGUAAUGGAUUGGUUAUCUACGUCAUCGUCAAGAAUAAAGCAAUGAAGACUGCGACAAACUACUACAUCUUGAACCUUGCUAUCACGGAUGUGGCCUUUCUCAGUUUCUGUGCACCUCUCACAGCCGCAAUGUAUAUAUCUGCUGAGUGGUUAUAUGGAAGAUUCUUGUGCAAGUUUUUUUAUUACAUGAUGCAGGUCACUGCACAAGCUACUUGCCUGACAUUGACUGCCAUGAGCUUAGAUCGCUUCCAGGUCAUCGUAUGGCCUCUAAAAUCUCUCAAGGGCAGAAGCACCGCCGUUGCUAGGGUCGGAAACAUCGUUGUCUGGACAGUGUCUGGUUUUGCAUCACUACCAGUGGCGUUUUACUAUGAUGUCAUCUACAAUCGUUUUGCGUGCUUUGAUGUAUGCUUUGAAAAUUGGCCAAGCACGUACUGGAAGACCGGUUACACUAUAUACAGCGCAUUCGCCUUGUACAUCAUACCUGUGGUAGUGAUAAGUGUUUGUUAUUCAGUGAUGCUCCGGGUUCUGUGGCGUCAAAGGAUUCCUUUGGACGAGCAACACCAUUCUAUCAAAUCAAAAACUCUGUACCAAAAACGAAAAAUUACCCGGAUGGUGUUGGCAGUUGUCAUUUUGUUCGUUGUGUGCUGGUUGCCGCAACAUGUCUUGGUUCUUUGGAUCAGACUGGACUCUGGCUUUCCAUAUGGAAUUGCAACUUAUACUUUAAAAACUACAGCACACAUUAUGGCUUACUUGAAUUCGUGCGUAAAUCCGUUUGUAUAUGCAUUUAUGGGAGAGAAUUUUAGAAACUACUUCAGAAAAGCAUUUCCAAUCUGUUGCAAGCAGAGUGAUGUUGUUCCAGAUACUAGAGUUCUUAGACCGACGACGAAAUACACAAGAGAGAAUGGGGCGCGGUUUAGCUCCCGUUUCGCGUUUAACACGACGUGGAAAUAAAUAAAGUAUGUAGUUAUUCCGAUUUCGGAAUGUCCGUUGUCGCUGCAAAAACUGAAAACUCAAGAGUUGUGUAGGCCUACUACACAAUAUACGGUACGCAAUUUUGAAGUUUUGCGUUUUUAUGAUCACGCAAUAACACAUUUUGACGGUAGUUAUGUGAUGUAGUUCCACUGACAUUGAACUGAAAGGGCAUUAUUUGAGUAGGCCUAUGUCCUAUCCAUGUUACACCAAACCCCCCCCCCCAAAAAAAAACCAAAAAAAAAAAACGCCUCCCUCGAAUAAACGGCUCCCUCAAAUAAACGCCCCUCAAAAACCCUUCUCAAAACUCCCCUGGGCGUUUAUUCCAAUUAAAUACGGUAUUUAAAAAUCGGAAUAUCUACGCCUUAAUACAGAAUGCCUACUAUAAAUCUGAGUGAGCAGCGCAACACAAUUAUUUUGUAGUUAUAUUGUAUAGUACGCAAACAACACCAGAAGUGUUUGCGGCUGGUGCAGAUAAUUCAAAAUCGGGGUAAUGCAUAGUGUGUAGGCUUGACAGUCAUAGCCUAUAAAAUUAACAAGGCACUAAUAGGAAAGACAGGAGUGGGGAGAAUUAAACAGGAAAUUAAUUUACAGUAAAUAUUUUAAAUUGGCGUCAUCAUCAAUAGAACAAAAAUGAACCAAACAGCGAAUUCUUCCCAAAAUAGACGGAUACGGUACUUUACCGAAACAUGAAUCAUUUUCUUCUACAUAAAAAAUGACAGUGAAUGUGUAUGUAUGUAAAAAGCAUUACCAAAAGACUUCUCGUGUGUAUAUAUAUAAUUACGUAUGUAAUAAAGCUAAAAAAUUAAAUUAUCAAUCUCCUUGUCCAUAGUAAACGAAAGGUCAUACAGUACUGAAAAAAAAUACAAAAGAAAAUACAUUCUCCUGUCCUGAAAAUUUGUAACUAUGAUGUAGGCCUAUUGGUUAAGUGCUUCACGUAUGUUUUUGAGUGACAGGAUCUGUGUGAUUAAUGUUAACGUAUGUCCAGAGACUAAUCACAUCAUCGUAUCGACUAAUGGGUGACUAAAACAGAAAUUUGAUGUGCCACGAUGCUUCAAAAAUAAAUUCAUAAAAGGUUUGUUAUCUAUAGAGAAAAUUUAAUUACUGUUUGAGAGAAACUGAAAACAAAAUGAAAAUAAAAAUCAUGUACACUCGGCAUAAUUAUAAAAUAUUAAAUUUAUUACAUUUUUUCGUUGACCGAUGGUUAUAAUAUAUUUAGAUUGUUCCAAAGUGACUUAAAUUCCCAUACACAAUUAAUUAAAUAGAGUGUUUACCUAUAAUAAUAUUAUUAAUAAUAAUAAUAAUAAUAAUAAUAAUAAUAAUAAUAAUAAUAAUAAUAGGCCUAAUAAUAAUAAUAAUAAUAAUAAUAAUAAUAAUAAUAAUAAUAAUAAUAAUAUAUAAUACCAUCAUAAUCCAUUUUAUAUGAUAGUGUUUCAAAUUCACAAUACUAAUAAUUACGAUCAUAUGACUUUCUUAAUAUUUAUUUUUUAUGUUCAUUACUUUUAUGGUGAUCAUCUAGGCUUAUUCUUCAUUCCAGUGUAGAAUGAACAUUCAAGCAUGUACGUUGCAUUUUUAACUAAUAUAAUACUAUUGAUAGUAAAUCUUGACUUCCAUUGAUGUCUGUUAUCUAUAAUUUUUAUUAUACAAUAUAUUCUAAUUUGGUUAUAUAUGUUUUUCUAGUAUUUCCAUAUUUAUGCCAACAUAUAUUAAUAUGUAAGAGGGGAAAUGUCUAAAUCUGCUUGCCUUUGCAGGUAAAUGUGUUUUGGAAUUUGGUGUCUAUGUUUAAGCUCUGCAAAAACGGUUUAAUGGGUUUGAUAACUUAUAAAAUUUUCUUUCAUGCGUUUUGUAAAUAAGAAAGGUGGCUAACAUUAAUUAAUUGACAUGAUGCUUAUAAUUUAUAUUGGGAAUUAAAUUCAUUCUGAUAUCUAU